GGCUGACAGGGCUGCAGUAUCGCCUCCGGACCACACGGGGUCGCACGGUGACGCAAACCGAAAAAUAAAUCUCUCUCUCUCUUCACUAACAUCAUGGCGGACGAGGUUGAUGUUGUUGACAUCGAAGGAGACGAAAGUGAUGCCGCUGACGGUGAUCUUAGCAGCGCCCUGAUGCUCCAGGAUCAGUAUGUACAGUCAUCAUGGAGGACUGACCCUGCUGUGCUGCCCUGGACCCUGGACAACUCGAUUAGCGCUGAGAACAGAGAGAUUAUAGAGAGCAUGUUGCUGGAAGAACAAUAUUAUUUUGCUCAGAAGAAGGUUCCUAAAGUGGCUUGGACUGAUGAAAAGCCUAAAGUAAAAAAGACACCGGUGAAGAGCUCCGGAGCUUCGGCUCGCUGGGCACAAGAGGAGAAAGAUCUCUUCGAGAGAGGACUGGCUCAGUUUGGUCGGAGGUGGACAAAAAUCGCAAAGUUGAUCGGCACUAGAACUGUUCUUCAGGUUAAGAGCUACGCAAGGCAGUACAAUAAAAACAAGGCUAAAGCUGAAGGUGAUGAAGUGUCUUCCGCUGAGCCCCAGAGUGCACUGCACCAUGCGCUACCCUCCGGAUUCAUCCCUGCUCCUGUCCAGCCUCAGACGUCUGAUAUGUCCAACGCUGUACGCAUCGAAAGACUGUCUGACGACGAGGACGUAGACAUCACCGAUGACCUGAGCGAUGACGCGAGUCAGCCUGAGAACCAGUUAGAUUUCAGGGACGAGAGCAAACAUUCGGACCAGCCUCAAGACCAAAGAGAUCUAAGUACAGACAAGUUAAACAGUGACGUCUCGGGCGCGGUGGAAACAUCUGAAAGGCCUGCUGAGGUCGUGUCUGAGGUGAACAGCUGCCACUUUCAUCCCGAAUCAGAACCUGGAGAUCCUCAAGAGUCCUGGGACACACAAACACAUCUCCAGCAUGAGGAGGAGUGCGCUGAAGAUAAACUUGAGAAGAGUUCACUAGAGGACACAGAAGACCCGGAUGAAGAAGAAGAGCUGAAGCCUCCUGAACAGGAAGUAACACUGGAUACAAACACCAUCACCGAAGAAGAAAAGCAGGCCAUCCCAGAAUUCUUUGAGGGUCGUCUGUCAAAAACCCCUGAGCGAUAUCUGAAAAUCCGCAACUACAUUCUGGACCAGUGGGACAAGAGCAAACCCAAGUACUUAAAUAAGACAUCAGUGCGUCCCGGCUUGAAGAACUGUGGGGAUGUGAACUGCAUUGGCCGCAUACACACCUACCUGGAGCUCAUCGGGGCGAUUAACUUCAACUGUGAGCAGGCGAUCUAUAACCGUCCUCGCCCGGUGGACCGUUCUCGUCUAAAGGAGAGCAGAGACAGUCUGGAGGCUUAUCAGCUCGCUCAGAGGCUACAGUCCAUGCGCACAAGGAAGCGACGAGUGCGAGAUGCAUUUGGGAACUGGUGUGAUGCCCGAGACCUGGAGGGCCAGACCUAUGAGCACUUGAGUGCAGAAGAGCUGGCCCUUAGGAGAGAGGAGAUGAGAAAGAGGCAACCAAAACCUUGCAAACUCCCCAAGCGAGGCUCUUUUGAUCCGUUCCAGCUUAUCCAGUGCAAAGCCUUUGGAGAGGAGAGACCGGAACCGUUCCGAGUGAUCGUGUGUGCCGAAGCUCUGCUUGUCAUGGAUGUGCAUGCUCAUGUCUCUAUGGGAGAAGUGAUCGGACUCCUGGGAGGAUCUUUUGAUCACGAAGACAAAGUGUUGAGGAUCUGUGCAGCAGAACCAUGUAACAGCCUCAGCACCGGACUACAGUGUGAAAUGGAUCCCGUCUCCCAGACUCAAGCGUCUGAGAUGCUUGGGCUCAAAGGUCACAGUGUAGUUGGCUGGUAUCACUCACAUCCUGCUUUUGACCCAAACCCUUCGCUCAGAGAUAUUGACACUCAGGCCAAGUAUCAGAACUAUUUCUCCCGAGGAGGAGCUCCGUUUAUAGGGAUGAUCGUGAGCCCGUAUAACCCCAGUAACUCCUCCCCUGUGUCCCAGAACACGUGUCUGCUGGUGCUGGAAGAGACUGAAUCUGCUGGAACACAAAAGCUUCCAUACAAGUUUGAGUAUCAGAUCUCCACCGAGCCUCCAGAUUUGACGCAAGUGAUGAGAAGAGCAGAAUGGGUGGUGUUCAAGUACAGGCAGUCAUACGGGUCUGUGAACAUGGAAAGACUCUACCGCAGAGAUUCCUCGCUCACAUGCCUGGAAAAGAUGCUCACAUCACUUAGGAUGAUUCUCGCAGAGAUCCCAGAGAGAGAGACGUUUCUAUUCCAGAUCGAAGCUUUGUUCAUUACGUGUUUCAUAGAUAAGCAGAAAACCGAGCCAGCUCCUUGCACCUCUUCUCAUCUUCAUGAGCAAUGUAAAGAGUUUCCUCCAAACACGUUCACCACCUCUGAGCUGAUGGACAGCGGUGAGAUCUUGGACUCUGAGGAGAUGUGUUUGUCAGAGGAGCAGACCAUUAUGAGCACUAGCAGCUCUGAUAACGUGUUUAAUAGCACAGGUUCCGGAAACCAAAAUGUAGCUGGUAAAGAUGCAAAUAUUCCUCUGCUACCAUCAGCCACACCUGAGGAUUGAUCUUCAUCUCACCUGAUGAGCAGCUAAGUUAUUAAGGAGAGCUCCUGUUGUUGCUGAGUAAUAUAAUUCGGCGGUAUUUUGUAGUGAGACCAAUAAUCAUUUUCCAAGUACUGUAUCUCUUUAAUUGUCUUUAAUUGUGGCAGUAUCUCUAAAUCUCACCGUAACAACACAGAUGCACUUAAAACUAGUCAGUGUUAACCAAAUAUAGUGCGUUCACUAGCUAAGAGUUCUGUACUUUCUCUCUCUCUAUACAAUGUUCUCAGUGAUCAAUGUUUUUUUCACCAUUUUAGCUUUUAACAAACAAAAACUCAUUCAAGAUCAGUUUAGUGUUUGUGAAUCCUACAUUGUUAUAUAUAUUAAAACAAAUCUGGACAUUACUCUGACUGAGCACUUUAUUAGGAACACUAUAGUAACGAUAGUCAUAAUUACAUCACAUAAUUUCUGCAGUUUGCCAGGUUUUCUACUGUUCAUCCACAUUCUAAAGGUGUUCUAGUGAGAUGACUUUUGCUUUGUGGUAUGGUGUAUUAAGAUGCAAAAUUGUACCUAGAAAACAUUCCUCACACCAUUUACACCAUCUCCAGCAGCUUGGACUGCUGAUACAAGUCUUCCUCUGUCCAGUUUGAAUGAAUCUGUGUUCACCGAAGCAUCAGCUUUGUGUUUUUGGCUGAUAAGAAGAACCUUGCAUGUUUUUUGUAGUUUGUGGUUAUAAAGAUUGAAAUGUGCAUUCUGAGAUGCUUUUCUGUUCCCCACUAUUGUACGGUGUGAUUAUCUGAGUUACUGUAGGCUUUCUGUCAGCCUAAAUUGAUCUCUUGCAAUCCAUCUGCAGAACUGCUGCUCACUGCUGAUGUGUGUGAUGUUGCUCCAUACUGAGUUAGAGGUGUGUGUGAGUGAAAAUCCCAGGAAGUCACACAGUUAUCAAAAUACUCAAACCAGCCAAUCUGGCAACCACAAUCAAAAAUCACUGAGAUCACAUUUUAGAGUCAUCAUUACUCGAAGCUGCUUGCUGUAUCUACAUGAUUUUUCUGCCUGCUGUCUCAUGAUAAGAUCCUUGUAUUAAUAAACAUAACCCUAAUAAAGUGCUCAGUGAAUGUAGUUCUCUGUGUUAUACACUAUAUACAUCAAUAUACUUGGUUUUCUUUGUUGUCUGAAUGCCUAAUUGGUCUGUAUCUUGUAAAUCAGUGUUGUGGAGCACUUUGUGUGUGUGUUUUUUUUUUUUUUAAUAAAAUUAUUUAGUUUCUUUUC